UCAGUGACGUCACGUUCGCUGCGCGGCGCGAAUUCUGCUCGCUCCUUCGAUGGGCCUCGUCGAAGAGACUCAGCUACAUGAAGGAGAUGAUGAUAUAGUUCUGGGAUGCUUCAUCUUAAGGAGACGACGUUUCUGGGCCUCAGCACCCGCUCAGACCAUGUGGACCGCAGAUGAGAUUGCGUGCCUGUGUUAUGAGCACUACAGGACCAGUCUGCCCAAGCAGGGGAAGCCUGAGCCCAACCGCGAGUGGACGUUAUUAGCAGCUGUAGUGAAGAUACAGCCUAUAGCUGACCAGAUCUGUGACUGCCCUGACAAACCAGUGCAAGUGACAAAAGAAGUUGUCUCAAUGGGAACAGGAACGAAAUGCAUAGGCCGGUCCAAAAUGAGGAAGAGCGGAGACAUCCUCAAUGAUAGCCAUGCUGAGGUCAUAGCCAGGAGGAGUUUCCAAAGGUACCUUCUGCAUCAGCUCCACUUGGUGGCUGCCCUGAAGCAGGAUAGCAUCUUUGUCCCAGGAACUCAGAGAGGACUAUGGAAACUCACACCACACCUUUCGUUUGUGUUUUUCUCCAGCCACACGCCCUGUGGAGAUGCCUCCAUCAUUCCAAUGCUUGAGUUUGAAGAUCAGCCUUGCUGUCCAGUCAGUGCAGAUUGGGCCAAUGACCUGUCAGUGGAAGCCAGUGGUAACCUGGAAGCUACUGAAGACAAAAGGAAGUGUGAAGGUCCAGAUAGUCCUGUGACCAAAAAGAUGAGGCUUGAGUCCGGGACUCCUGCCACAGAAGUCAUCAAUGGUGUGGCUCACCAUCAGAGUUUUGGCAAUCAGGAAAGUGGCCCAAUCCCAGCAAGUGUCAGCAGCUCUAAUCUCGCCUCAGAGGAACUGGCUGCUGUCCCUGGAAUGGCCCCUGGUGGUGCCAGAGUAGUGGAUGUUUAUAGAACCGGAGCCAAGUGUGUGCCUGGAGAAGCUGGAGACUCGGGGCUGCCAGGUGCUGCCUAUCACCAGGUGGGGCUGCUCCGAGUGAAGCCAGGCCGGGGAGACAGGACUUGCUCCAUGUCCUGCAGUGACAAGUUGGCACGGUGGAACAUCCUUGGAUGCCAAGGGGCAUUGCUGAUGCACUUUUUAGAAGAGCCCAUCUACCUGUCAGCUAUGAUCAUCGGGAAGUGUCCGUACAGCCCGGAAGCCAUGCAGAGAGCACUGAUUGGGAGGUGUCAGAAUGUCUCGGCUUUACCCAAAGGCUUUGGAGUUCAAGAAGUGAAAAUACAGCAGUCAGAUUUACUGUUUGAACAGAGCCGCUAUGCAGUGCAGGCAAAAAGGGCUGACAGCCCAGGCCGACUUGUUCCUUGCGGAGCAGCCAUCAGCUGGAGUGCAGUUCCUGAGCAGCCGUUGGAUGUUACUGCCAAUGGCUUUCCACAGGGAGCAACAAAGAAAGGACUGAGAAGCCUUCAGGCCAGCCAUUCUUGUGUGUGUGAAAGCUGUGUCAUUGUGGUUUUGAUUUGCAUUUCCAUAAGAACUAAUGAUAUUGAGCAUAUUUUCAUGUACUUAUUAGCCAUUUGUCUAUCUCCUAUGGAGAACAUCUAUUCAGAUCCUUUGUGGUGUGUGUGCAUUAGGGUACGGAAGCUUGAGACGUAUCAGGAGUACAAAGAGGCCGCAUCUGCUUACCAGGAAGCCUGGAGCACACUCCGGAAGCAGGCAUUUGGAUCCUGGAUCAGAAACCCACCAGAUUAUCACCAAUUUAAAUGAGAAGGGAAAAUUUGCAAAAAACUUACUGGUAGCAAGGUGUUUUCCAGCCUUUCAUGCCAGACCAGCUUCUUCCUUUAUGCUAGACAAGCCUUAGCUUUUCUUGUGGCUGAGUCAGAACAAAACGUCCUCCAUCUAGCUGAUCUACAUAUCUCUUUUGUGUAAGAUGAAUGGAAUUCUGGAACGUGGAACAAUCUAUACUGGAUUGAAGUAGUUCUCUGCUGAAAUGGCAUCUUGCUAAUGACCUCGGUAUCUGUCCUAACUUGUAUUUUAUUGCUUCUCUAAAAUUUUGAAUAAGAAUUUGAAAUGUGAUGCUUUAAAUGUACUCUACAGUUGCUCUGUUUUGUGUGUUCCUACAUUGAUUCGGCAAGUAUUUAUUGGCCGAGAUGAUGUUUGAAUCUCUGCAAAUUCUAGAGCUUCACCUGGCAGAGUGGACAUACAUUUUGUAUACCCAGCCUUUCUUCCUUCGGAGAGUCACCCUUUCAUGCUCUGUCCAUGAGACUUGGUUGAAGCAAACCUUACUCCCUGUGAGUCAGCCCUGGACAUUCCUGAAACUAUUACCAGAGCUAACAGCAAAGAUUCUCCUCUUGUAUCAUAAGCUAUAGGGACCACAUAAUCUUGGGACUUUGCCUGCCACAUGGAUACAGCCACCUUGAGAAUGAAGGCAACAAAGA